AAGUGAAAUGUGACGGGUGGUGUUUCAUGUUUUGUCUUUUGAUGUUACUUGUUGAUUUUAUUACUUAAAUUCAAAGUGAAAUAGCUAAACAGUAUAAAUACAGUAUAGGUGAUAGAUAUGUUAUAGUUUCACAAGUGUAGAAAUCGUCUGGAAUUCGUCGUUCACGUGCCUUUGGAGCGUAUUGUCCAGGCGUGCGGCGAGGGCACGCGGCUGGCAGCUGGAGAUGGAGGACGAGGUGACGUUCAUGUUCCAGCUGGGCGUGCUGCGCGACGUGGCCUCCGCGCCCGCGCACGCCCUCACCCUCGCCCAUCUUAAGGACCUCGCCGUCAAGUUUGUGCACGAAAAGAUCCCGGACAAUGGGUUGAACCGUCUGCCAGAUCGUAUCCUGCUCUUCCGACAUGACUACUGCUCUCCCAACGUGCUGCAGCUCGUCAACUCCGCAUCAGACAUCACUGACGAGACCCUCGUGGAAAUAGUACUCACGGCUAACCCGUUGUUAUGUGAUGGCGAGGGCGCGGAGAGCGCGCCUAUACCACGGCCGCACGCGCUCGCCGUGCAUUCCUACAAGGCGCCCACAUUCUGUGAUUUCUGCGGUGAAAUGCUCUUCGGUCUCGUCCGGCAGGGGCUCAAGUGUGAAGGGUGCGGCUUGAACUAUCACAAGCGAUGUGCUGUCAAAGUGCCAUCUAACUGCGAAGCUCCUGUCGGCACCAGUGCAGGGGGCGGAGCACCCGCACGGCGCGCAUCUGGAGCGCCUCGCAGCCCCUCGCGCAGUUCCACGCACAGCCACGCCUCGCGUGAUGAUUCGUUGGUAAGGCGGCUUGCUGAUCUCGUCACUGGGAAUAAUUCGGAGGAGAGUGCGGGCGGUGCGGAGGCGGAGGAGGGCGUGGAGGGCGAGGGGGAGGGCGCGGGCGUGUCGGGGGGCGGUGCGGGGCGGGCGGGGCGCGCGGCGGAGAUGGCGCAGCUCUACCAGAUCUACCCGGACGAGGUGCUCGGCUCCGGACAGUUCGGCAUCGUGUACGGCGGACUGCAUCGCCGCACUCAGAGACCUGUCGCCAUUAAGGUGAUAGACAAACUCCGUUUCCCAACAAAACAAGAAGCACAAUUGAAGAACGAAGUCGCCAUCCUGCAGAACUUGUCACAUCCAGGCGUUGUCAACUUGGAGAGAAUGUUCGAGACUCCAGAGAGGAUAUUUGUGGUGAUGGAGAAGCUGAAGGGAGAUAUGCUGGAGAUGAUACUCUCACACGAAAAGGGGAGACUUACGGAGAGGAUCACUAAAUUCUUAGUGGCACAGAUCUUAGUAGCACUAAAGCACCUGCACGAGAAGAACAUCGUGCACUGCGACUUGAAGCCGGAGAACGUGCUCCUGUCCUCGGACGAUGAGUUCCCGCAGGUCAAGUUGUGUGACUUCGGCUUCGCCAGGAUCAUUGGGGAGAAGUCCUUCAGGCGAUCUGUUGUUGGCACACCUGCAUAUCUUGCCCCGGAGGUGCUUCGCAACAAGGGCUACAACAGAUCUCUAGACAUGUGGUCUGUGGGUGUCAUCGUAUACGUGUCGUUAUCUGGCACAUUCCCCUUCAACGAGGACGAGGACAUCAACGAGCAGAUACAGAACGCAGCCUUCAUGUAUCCACCCACACCCUGGAGAGAAAUCUCCGCUGAAGCGAUCGACUUGAUUAACAACUUGCUGCAAGUGAAGCAACGCAAGCGGCUGUCAGUGGACAAGUGCGCGGCGCACGCCUGGCUGCAGACGCGCGAGGCCUGGCUCGAUCUGCGCGCGCUCGAAGAAUGCUGA